AUGGAAUUCGGUAUAAGUCGAUGUUCAGUUUGCCAAAAAACUGGAUCGAUGUGUAUUUGUGGAGGUUGCAAAACUGUAUUUUGUUUAAAAGAUUUCAAUGAACAUCGUCAACAAUUAUCAAACCGAUUCGAUCAUGAUAUCAUGAGAUUUCAUGAUGAACUUCUUUCUCGAAUGAAACAAAUAAAUGAUUCUUCAAAUGAACUGUUUACUCAAAUAAAUCGAUGGGAAGCAACAACAAUUGAUAAAAUACAUAAAGCAGCUGACAGUGCUCGACAAAAACUUAAUAAAAUGCUUAAUUAUGAAAAAGAAAUUUUCAAAGAACAAUUUGCCAAUUUAACAAAACAAAUUCGUUUUCAACGAGAAGAAAAUAGUUUUGCUGAAAAUGAUAUUCAAUUAUUAAAACACAAAUUAAAUAAGAUGCAACAAUCACUUAGACAACUUACUGGACAAGAUAAAUCAAAUAUUGUUCUCAUAGAAAAUAGUAAAAUCAAUUGGAAUAACCUUAUCUAUGUACAAAAGCAACAACUAAUAUUACCAAGCCCUUCUACUACGAUUACUCUUACAACGAAAUGGACACAGAAUGGUCUGACGGUCGCUGGUGGAUAUCGAAAAGGGAGUGGAUUUAAUCAAUUGCAUUGCCCAAAUGGAUUCUUUGUUGAUGAUAAUUUAACUGUAUACAUCGCUGAUUUCAAUAAUAAUCGUAUUGUAGAGUGGAAAUUUGAUUCUUCUAGUGGACUUGUUAGUGCCGGUGAAAAUGGCCAAGGAAAUCGAACUGAUCAAUUAGAUGGUCCAACCGAUGUUAUUCUUGAUAAAGAAAAAGAUUCUUUUAUUAUUUGUGAUAAACGAAAUCGACGUGUACUUAAAUGGCCUUAUCGAGGUGGAACGAGUGGACAAACAAUAAUUCCCAACAUUGACUGCGCUUGUUUAACGACUGAUCAAGAUGGAUUCAUAUAUGUUUCUGAUAUUCGGCAAUGUUUUGUUAAACGUUGGAAAAUCGGAGACACUCAGGGAACAAUUGUAGCUGGUGGAAAUGGAAAAGGUGAUCGUCUCGAUCAAUUGAGUUCGCCAACUUUUCUUUUUGUCGAUCGCGAACAGUCUGUUUAUGUUGCGGAUAGAGAUAAUCAUCGCGUAAUGAAAUGGCCACAGAAUGCACAAGAAGGAAUUAUGAUAGCUGGAGGUGAAGGUCAAGGAAAUACUUUAGCGCAUUUAUCAAGCCCUUGUGGAAUUCUUGUCGAUCAAUUGUCGAAUUUAUACAUAGCAGAUCGUGGAAAUCAUCGAGUAGUUCGUUGGGCAAAAGAUUCUGACCAAGGAACUCUUAUCGUUGGUGGAAACGGUCAAGGUCAACAAUCGAAUCAACUUAAUGAGCCGAAAGGAAUAGCAUUUGAUCGCCACGGAAAUCUGUAUGUUGCCGAUUGUUGGAAUCAUCGAAUUCAACGAUUUUCUAUAGAUUCAAACCCAACCUCAUAG